ACUCUCAAUUCUCAAAUCAACAGUCUAUAAUGGUGCAUGCCACACAUCUCCGUCAUAAGAUCUAUCCCACCACCCCUCCAUCAUCAGAAAUGAACAGGGUAGGAAUGGGACGUUGCAUGUGUAGCCCAACAUUAAAAAUUUUUCUUUCUUCCAUGAUGGAAUAUGGUUAUAUUUCAAUCAUAUGUUUAUGAAAGCUUUAUUUACAUAACAUCUAAAAAUGAACUUACUACUAGUAAUAUUUUUGCAAUCACUCGCCUACACUCUUGGAUCACAAAUUCAAAAUUUUACAGUUUCAAUCACAUGCAACAGGGGAGAAGAAAUGUUUGAAAAACGGAUGAGACAACAGAGAGAAAUUGUUGACAUAUACGAAGAAUGUCUAUCGAAUAACGAUAAAAAGGAGAUUGAUCAGAAAUUGGAUAAAGACUACUUGAUAUCCGCGCACUGGGGCAGUACAACUACAAGCGACAGCACGAGAGAAGGCGACAAAUGCGAGUCUGGUUCAGGUCGAGUAACAAGCAAAGAGGCCGACUCCGACUGCCUGCACAAGUACAAGACAUUCAAGUUCACAGAGCCAACCACGCACUGGCAAACCAUGAAACCCCCUCCCACAGCCACUUACCGCAUCGUCAACCCCAACCCCUACUGCAAGCAGUAUCACGCCAUUGACAAAUCAAAGAAGCAUAAACCGAAAGAUAUUCCACUUGAUAUACCUGUCAUAAUUCAAACAAGAAAUGUCAUUUGAACUACAGUCGUUCAAGCAAAAAUGAAAAUUUUCCACGCUGUGAAAAUAAAACCUGAAUUUCCACACUUGAAAGUAAAAAUUAAAAUGAUUACCAAGUAAAUCCUUCUAUUUAAUCUGAUGCCCAAUCUUUUCAAUGUCCAUAAAUUCACUUUUUGGGGACUCUUUCUCUAUUGGCAGCUCCAUUCAGUUGACCAUAAUAAUCGUUUAUAGUUUCUUAAAAUUCA